AUGGCAGUUGGCAAGAACAAGCACCUUACAAAAAGUGGUAAAAAAGGAGCCAAGAAGAAAGUGGUUGAUCCAUUUUCUAAGAAAGAUUGGUAUGAUGUGAAGGCACCACCUAUGUUCAAUAGAAGAAACAUUGGGAAAACACUAGUCACGAGGACUCAAGGAACCAAAAUUUCAUCUGAUGGGCUCCAGGGUCAUGUUUUUGAAGUGAGUCUUGCUGAUCUGCAGAGCGAUGAAGUUGCAUUCCGGAAGAAAAUGAUGGAAAUCAUGACCCGAGAGGUGCAGACAAAUUACUUGAAAGAAGUGGUCAAUAAACCAAUUCCAGACAGUAUUGGAAUGGACCUAGAGAAGGCUUGCCAGUCUCUUUACCCUCUCCAUGAUGUGUUUGUUAGGAAAGUGAAAAUGCUGAAGAAGCCUAAGUUUGACUUGAGAAAACUCAUGGAGCUUCAUGGUGAAGACAGUAGUUCUGGAAAAUCUACUGGAGAUGAGACAGGUGCUAAAGUUGAACGAGCUGAUGGCUAUGAACCACCAGUUCAAGAAUCUGUUUAA